CAGCCGGCCUCAAGGGCUCCUGAUUAUUAUUUAUUUUUUUUUUUUUUAAAUCCCUCGACCUUCAGUCUAGCAGCAAAGCCACCGACUGGCGUCCACAGAACCUUCGCCUGCUGUGUCUCUGACUUUCUUGGCACUGCUCUUGUUCGCUGGCUUUCCUGCUCAGCCCACUUCCACUGUUGAAGUUUUUAAUUUAGCGAAGCCAUUUAGCAUGCACUUUGCUGGCAUGAAGUAGUAUCCCCAACCUACAGGUCACUUAGGAAGAAUCGGAAGUAGUAGGUAGUAGGUAGUGGUGGGCUCACCACCCGUUGUAAGAGCCCAGCUGGUGCUCCCGGGGCCUGUCCGCCCUGCCUUGCCAUGGUAACCACCUCCUGAGGAUCAGGUCUUAAAACAACAAAACACUGCACGUUCGUGUUUACUACUGUUUUUGUUCUUUACAAAAUUCUGCCACACUUGGGCCUCUGCUGCAACUCACUCCAUCCAGCUGGUUUGUAAGAGUCAUCUGUGUGGCUGUGCUCAUAUUUUAACUGUUUUAGUAAAUUCUCUUAUGUGACUACAUGAUCAGAAUCCUUUCUCAGCAAUUCUGAAGUCCAAAUAGCUCUGAAAACCAAAAGUUUAUGUGUGUGUGUGUGUGUGUUUUAACUAUUUGAUGGAAAAAUCUGACUUGGUGAAAGCUUUUGAUGACUUCUAUUUCAGUCAGUGCGGGUACUCAGACUUUCCCCCAAAGAAGUAAUAUUUAACGUGGGGUGCUGCCCCAGACUGCAGGGAGGAUGUCGUGUGAUGUAGGUAAGUUGUGCCAUAUAGGCUUUAUACAGCCUGCAAAAUUACCUGCCCAAGGGUUUUGGGCCUGGGACUGUGGUUCUGUGAACCACAGUCUGUCCGUGCUGCUCUUGAAUGAACAUCUGGGUGGGGGGCUCCCACGUUUUUGCCAUUUUGAGCAGUGUCUCUUGUGAGUGGGCCCAUGCGUGUCUGGUGCUCAGUGGUGAGUGGUGAGUGGUGAGGGUCUGUCUCGUGGGGUUGCUGGGCUGCAAGCAGCAUGUGCCAGCUGCGUGGAUAUGUUUGCAGUUCCAGUCUGCUCUGACAGCAAUGUCAGAGAACGCAAGGGAACGCUCUGGCUGUGUCGACACUCGGUGUCGUCAGACUCCUUAGUGUUGGUCGGUCUGGUGAGUGUCUGGCGGCGGCCUUCUCACGGGCACUGUGUCAGAGUGCACGCUUCCUCAGCUCCUGCCCCUCGCAGCUGCCCUUUGUGCCUAGAAGAGAAUUGACCUAAAAUCCUCCCUCAGCCUGUAUGAUACGCCCCACCUCUUGACCUGGCAGUUCGGAGGCUCUCGGCUCUUCCUUGCACACAUCCUGUCUCCUAACAUCCCAGCCGCCUUUCUGGUCCCUAAGCCGCCUUUGGGUGUCAGGUCCUUUGCACUUGCUGUUCUCCAGAUUUAAAUCUUCCCAUUCUCUGUUACUUCAUACCGUGUCACUGUGUUUAUCUCUGAAACAAUCACAGUUGUCAUAGAAUUCUUAAAAAUUCUUUCUUUUUUUUAACUGAAGUGUAGUUGAGACCCAGUAUUAGGUUAGUUUCUCGCGUAUAAUGUUGGGAUUUGACAGCUGUCUGGCUUGUGCUGUGCUCACAGGUGUAGCCGCCCUCUGUCACCAUCCAGCCCUCUUGCAGUGCCACUGAAUGUAUUUCCUAUCCCAUACCUUUCAUUCCUGUGAUGUUCAUUAAUCUUUAAAAUAUUUUUUUCUUGUAGAAAUAAGUCAGAAUGAGUUAUGCAGAAAAACCUGAUGAAAUCACGAAAGAUGAGUGGAUGGAGAAACUCAAUAACUUGCAUGUCCAGCGGGCGGACAUGAACCGCCUCAUUAUGAACUACCUGGUCACAGAGGGCUUUAAGGAAGCAGCAGAGAAGUUUCGAAUGGAAUCUGGGAUUGAACCUAGCGUGGAUCUAGAAACACUGGACGAGCGGAUCAAAAUCCGUGAGAUGAUCCUGAAAGGCCAGAUCCAGGAGGCUAUCGCAUUGAUCAACAGUCUCCAUCCAGAGCUCCUGGACACAAACCGGUACCUUUACUUCCAUCUGCAACAACAGCACCUCAUAGAGCUGAUCCGCCAGCGUGAGACCGAGGCGGCGCUGGAGUUCGCGCAGACCCAGCUGGCGGAGCAAGGCGAGGAGAGCAGGGAGUGCCUGACGGAGAUGGAGCGCACUCUGGCCCUGCUGGCCUUUGAUAACCCUGAGGAGUCGCCUUUUGGAGACCUGCUUCAUAUGAUGCAGAGGCAGAAGGUGUGGAGUGAGGUUAACCAAGCUGUACUAGAUUAUGAAAAUCGUGAGUCAACACCCAAGCUGGCAAAAUUACUGAAACUCCUCCUUUGGGCUCAGAAUGAGCUGGACCAGAAGAAAGUAAAAUAUCCCAAAAUGACAGACCUCAGCAAAGGUGUGAUCGAGGAGCCCAAGUAGAGUCUGUGCCCGUGGCCCCGUGCUUCCCCGGCUUGGACUCCUCGGAGCAGCUGUCUGGGACUGAGAGAUUUUUACUGCAGUAGAGAACUCUCCCCCCUCCCACCUUUUUUUUUUGACCUGGCAUCUUUUUUAAAGGGAAAAAUGGCCCUUUUGAGCGCUGGAAAACUUGCAGUGAAUGACCUGUCUCUUUGGAAGUGUGAUGCAGACUCUGCUCGGGGCGUGCCCUGAAGGCGUGGAUGGGCCGCGCUCCUGCUGUGGGGCUCCUGCAGGAUCGCAGCCACCACGGAGUGCUCGGUUAUGAGGGAAUAUUGUUAAACUGAGGCCUCCCACUCAAAUCUACAAAAAGCACUGAUCGUUAUUUUGCUUUCUGUUAGCUCGUAGGCAGAACAUACGUUUUCUCAGAUCUCCUAAGACUCGUCAGGCCUUUGUGCAGAAGUUUUUUCUUACCCCUUGGUUUUUUGUUUUUGUUUUUUCAUAGGAAAGACUAUAUAAAUUUGUAAAUCCUAAUUGAAAGAUUUCUUUUGUGUGAGGGCAUUGAGUUUGAUUUGUUUUCCCUUUUGGUCUGGGUUGUGUGGCUUUUGGGGAGAAGUGUGCGUGAGGGAUGGGGCUGUGUGUUUUUUAAUUUUUUAAAUAUAUAUUUUGGUGCUGGUUGUGGUGAGAGACUCUUUCCUAGUGGAUCAGUGAACCUUCUCUUCUAGGCAGUUUUGUUGAAAAUAAAGGUUUCUCUUUGAUCUCAAGAAUGACCAAAAUGGCCUCUAAAAAGUUUUAAUCAUCUCAGACAAACCUGUUGCUUUCGGGGCUUAUGUCCUGGUGGUGGUGGCAUUGCAUCAGCUCAUCCCUGCGGCCAGAGGGCCCCUCGGCCUGGUGUGGCCCGCGUGCUUGGGAGCAGACGCGGCGGGGGAGGGAGCGCCGUGCUGCCGGCUGUCCCUGGGCCGCAGGUUCCCUAGCUGGGAGCGCGUGCUUGCCUCAGGAGGCUGGCACCACAGGUCGGCGUGUGCCCGCUGUCUCGUGCUGGUUGUGAGUUCCCAGGCGUCCUCAUUCGGCACUUUCUCAAGUCCUGCCACUGUGCAGGCGCUGGGACGCAGGUGCCCCUGUGACUUGGAGUGCGAACACGUAUGUGUGGACGCACGGCAGGGGCCGCUGGGCUCAGGUUCCGUAGGGCGGCGGUUACAGAGCCAAGUCUCGUGGUGGUGACGGUGCCCGGGAGCGCACGUCCUCUGGUAGGAGCUCCCAGCUGCUGCGGUGGCUGGGACUCUGUCCUCCCUGGGUGGAUCCUGGUGCCGGGACGGGGUCUGGCACCUGGGGCUUCGUGGAGGUAGAUGCCAAUGGCAGCCGAGUCGCAGCGAGCGUGUUCCCGCGUCAGGCAAGGUCGGGCAGGCUUGUGGCCGUGCCUGUAGGUCAGGUGGUGGGCGUCUGCUUGCUGGGCCCCGUCCCCCAUCUGCCUGCAGACCUGGGCAGCAUCGUGAAGGGCUGUCAUGUCAGCUCUUCUCUCACUCCCCGUCUGCUUUCCACCUGCACUCUGGGAGUAGUGGUUUUCUCCAGUGGGCAGGAACCUCCGGCAGGGUCGGCUGCCCUGGGUGGUCACCGAUGCAGAGGCAGGGUGAUGCAGGCUCUGGGGGCUGUCCUGGCCUCUGACUGCCCUUCUGCUGCCCUUGUGGUUUUGUGAGGAUGAGGGGGGGGGGGGGUCUUCUCAACGCCCAGGAGCGGACGUGUUUCCGCUCUGACCAGCUCAGCAGUCCUCUCCAAAUGUGACCUUUCUUUGGGGCCAUUUCCUCUGAGGCUUGAGGGUAUUAAGAGCAGAAGGUUUUAAUCUUCAGGUAAUUAAUCGUCACACACAGCAGAAGCUGGAAGAGAAAUACCAGCAGAGAGGUGUGGGUAAACCUACGUGUUUGAAAAGCACCAGAGAAUUCAGCAUGUUUCUAGUCAGCUUUUAUUAGUCGUGUAUAUAAGAUCAUUUACGUGCAUAAUUAAUAUAUAAUCACCCUGACACGUUUUUCACAUUAGAGGGUGUGAGAUGCGUAGUGACGGGAAGUCCUGUACGCGGAGCCACCCAUGAGCCGUCAGGGCCCGGACGGGGUUUGUCACGCGCAGGAAAUGUGAGUGAGCGGCUGUAGGACAGAGUGCUGGUGCGCGCCCACCUGUUGGGGCCGUGAGGGACGUCACGGGCGGGUGCUGCCGCCAGUGGUGGCCACGUGUGGUGUGAUGGGGACCCUCCGCUGUGCUCCUGUUGUCCUCGCCUCUGUCUGCGGCCCGGGUUCGGGUUCGCGCCUCCUGCGCUGUCCCUGUCUGGGGACCUCUUCAGCAGGAGUGGCUUUGUGGACUUCCCUGUUUGCCACCUUUUUGCAGUCUCUGUGUCUUCAGCCGGCAAACGAAAUUAAGCCAUUUUGAAGUAUAAUUUGAUUUUUCUUCGUUUCCUUUGGAUCUUGCCGUUGUGUUUAUUAAAAUGUAAUGUUUUACAUAGUUUAUUCUUUUUACGUUUUCUUGUGGAAAGUGCCUUGAAAUAAAUAAAAUUUGAGAAUAUUCUGGUACUCUGUGUUCCUGAUACCAUGAAGUUGUGUGAGGAAUAACCCCUAGUUUGGAAUCUUUACGCGGCAUAGGGAUUAUUGCAAAUCCAACAAGAGCUAAUAUAUUUUGCCAUGUGAAUUAAGGUUCCCAGGCUCUAGAAAAGGCAGAUGUGUUUUGGGACUGGUCUUUGGGAUGGACUGAAGACCCCAUGUGUGAGUCCUCGGGGUCAAGGAGGUGGCUCUUCCCUGCAGUCAGGAUGCCUCUCCCGAGGGCAGUCUUUGUCAGGCAGGGUGAGGUCUGUUUCCUUGGACAGUGUUACUUUGGGGGAGGGGAGGAGCCGGGGGUUUCAGAAAGAACUGUACAUUUUGUGCUAAAGGCAAUGGUGUCUUUGGGGUAAUGGGGCAGGACCCGCUUCUGGGCGUUACCGUGGAGUCCCAGCAGGAGCAGAAGGCCAGACCGAAACCAUCAGGCGGGCUUGCCUGCCAGCCGCCGGAGGCGCUGAGCCGUGCACAGUAGGACGUGGGGGCCAGGCUGCGCGGCCUCAGAAGCCCUGUGGUGCAGCAUUUUGAUAGGUUAUUCUGACACCACGUGCUUCAUUUUCACAGCGGGCAUGUUUCUGUUUCAGAAAUGUGUUGCUUUUUCGGGUUUAAGAGUAAAUUGUAGUGUCCGCAUUGGUCAUGUGACUUUCGUAUGAGCCUCUGCACCCCUGGUUCCGAGUCCGCUUUGUUCCUGAGGGUGUGUGCCCGCCACAGCGUCUUCUGAAAAAUGCAGAGUAGGUUGCUUUUGCUGCCUGUUCUUAAUUUCAUAGUACAACUUCUAUGUUUUUCUCAGAGGGGUUAUCUGGAAGGUCUUUUGUACUUUUCCCCGUAAAGAUAUUCUAAUAAGAAUAAAGAAUUCAAUACGAUACAUGUUCCGUUGGAAGCCCAUCUGUGAGAACCGGCGGAAGGAAACUUAGUCUCACGCAUCUUUAUGCUCUGCUGCCGUUCUGUUCCCUCUGAGCGGCGCCGUCCGGGGUCCCGUGUGCACCUCUGAGAUCUGUCGUCUGUUCUCUAGAGCUGUGGUCCUGAACUUUCAGUUUGGUGAAGGAAAUAGAUUGGGGUCACCUGCUGCAUGAUUUUAACCUGAAAAGUUAUUUUUUUUUAAUACUCAUGAAUAUGUCCAGACUUUGAAAGUAGAGGGGCUGCCGCGGUGCGCGCCGGGCCCUUCUCCCUGUAGGGCUUGUGCCCCGGCCAGCCGGGGCUGUUAGCGGCUCGUGUGAAGGGCAGUUGUGGGACACGUGACGGAGACUUGGAGUGACAGCUUCCCAGUGCCUUCUAGUGAGUGCAGAAGUGAGGGUGCCUCGUGCUGGAGCCGCGGCAUCAUGGGCUGUAGCCCCCACGGGUUUGUGGACACUGGAGAGGGGGAGGAAGCCCCCCGGCACUCUUCCCCAGGCGGCGACGGCGUCUAAGCCCUUCUUCACGCCAGCGCAUCCCUCUUUGCAGGAGGCAGUGUGGCAGUUCGUGGGGAUGUCCCCACGCAGAGCACUUGGCCUGUGGCUUUGCACUCAACACCAUCUGAGGUGUUUGGCUGGGACCACAGUCCCUGGUGCGUGAGGCCUGCCUGUCUUGGAUGUUGUGCCUUAAUUCCAAGAUGCCAUCGAGGCGCUUUUCCCGUCCUCAUCGUGACUGACUUCCGUGGAUGUGAAGACAGGGUUUGAUGGGCCUUUGGUGUCUGUGGCUGAGCUGCUCUGCCUCUGCAGGACACCAGGCCCCGGCUCCAGCGACCUGAGGUCCUUGGGGGCUGGGGGGAUGGUCUGGGUGAGCUGGUCAUCCUAUCGCUGCACCUGCGGGGCAGAGGUCUUUCUCGUUGCAGGGAGCAUGUGGUAGGGCUGAGAUUCCUCUGCACUUAGGGAAGUCUCCCAGCUGGAAGGCCAGGUGGAUGGGUCUGUUCUGACCGUGGCGCAGAAGAACGUCUGUCUGACUCCUCUAUACUCAGCUCCAACCAAAAUCAUUGGCAGAAGGAGUGAGAGGUGGGGGCAGUGGAUUUAUCUGCACGUACCUUCCCACCUGGCUGCACGCUGAAGCAGGUCACACUGCAGGCCCCCUGCCCGGCUGUGGACGUGGCACAGGCAGGUGGGCGCACUACGCUGUGUGCCGUGGGACUCUGCCUCCCACUGGAGCCAGGGACGAGGAGGCAAGGCUACAGGGACUGCUGGACUCAGGUGUCGGAGCACUGCCUGCCCGGGACUUCUCCCCCUGCCGUGCGGCCACAGACUCCUGCAGGCUGGGUCUCCUCCGCCGCAGACCGAGGUGUCACACAGCUGGCAUUCUCCCAACUGGCUUUUGAAAGUGGAGCAAGCCUGAGGACCAUCGAGAACUCCUGGCUGGGCGGCAGGGGCCCCGGGGGGUGGGGUGGGGUGGGGCAGCAGAAGCACACAGACCCAGGGGGAGGGGGCAGAGCUGGUCCUCGUGUGGCUCCAGACUCAUGGGCCCCAGCAAGUCCUUAAUCUCUGGGCGUCCAGGCGUAAUUUUAGUGUGAAACAGAUGUUGAACAGCAGUGUUUUCAAGACUCAAAUAGUGAACUCACCAGCACUUUGAAAAGAACUGUUCCAGAACCUUCAGGAAUUCCACAUGUAGAACCUAUAUUACAUUAAAUCAUUUAUUAUCAUAAA